ACAAAGUAAACGCAAGUCUCAUGAAUCUGUGGCUUUCUAUAAGAUAUAAGUGUUGAAAGAGAUGACUAAUAAAGAUUGACUGGUUUGAGAUCGAUGCAUUGAGAUCUCAUAUGUGCUUUGAUUCCAAACAAAAAUGUAAGAGACAAGAGCUCUUCAAUGUUUAAUAAUAUUUUUUGGGAUGCAAACAAUAAGUUCUUCGUACCAUACAUCCAAUAUUACAGAAGGUGGUUUAAAUUCCAUACGUAAGAAAUGUAUAUAUCUCAGUAACCCUUUCUCUUGUGAAACUAGGAAACGUAUAAUGCAAUUAAGAGAGAAAUUCUUGAUAGAGUUAUAUUUGUACAGCAAUUCUACAACUAGAGAAAAAUGAUACGAAAAUGUUUAAUUUUUUCACUAUCCGAAAUCUAUAAGCAAUGGAAGAACUUCCGCGAAAGUUCAUGUUUAUCCCAAAGAUUUCUGCAUUGGAGACUUCUAUGUUUGAAUCAAGUUCAAAUUUUGUUAGAAGAAAAAAUUAAUUAGAUUUGAUGUAGUGUGGUAUUCCUUCCAUUCUAUACCACUAAAUGCAUUUUUCUGAAAUUGACUGGAUCAGUUAAUACGGUAUAUUAAAAAAAAAAAUCAUGCAGUGAUGUUUUGAAAUCAACAGAUUAGAAAGACACACAUGUUUAAAUGACGACAUGUCGACACGAGAUAUCUGAUUAGACAUAUUUUUUUGUCAACUUAUCUGAUUAGACAUAUAAAUUAAGAUUCCCGACCGAGCGAUUUUCUGGAGUACGUGUUAUUAAUAAAGAUUGGGUUAGACCAGUCUUGAGAGACCGAUCAACUGACAUGCACAAAUUUACAAGCAUUUACAUUGGUUCAUUUUUUUCUCUCUUUUUUCAUUGGUUCAUAACCAGUGUGAAAUCAACAUUCUAAUCGAUCCAGUUUGACAAUUUCUACUCGGUUUGUUCAAAACUGUAUUUAUACACAUUUAAAAUCUAAGAGUAUAUUCAAACCAGAAUUUUCACACUACAAACUUUGGUUUGUGUUACAACGCUUAAAAUAAAUAAAUUGUAAUGCCAUUAUCUAGUCUCAAACCUGGCACAUGAGACAGAAGUAGCAGAAUUAACCACAAUUUUUUUUUAAAACUAAUGCCAUAUAAAUUUUUAAUAUAUUUUGACGUCUAAAACACCAACUUCAUGAUAAUUUUGCAUAUAAAACAUCUUAUAAAUAUCUAUUAAUAAUAGCAAUCAUAAUUAAUUCUAAAAGUCAUGUCUUUUCAUUAUAAUUAUGUUCAUGUCUGUUUAUUAAAAAAAAAACUGUUUAUAAGAGUUUAUGGUCUUUUUGUUUAUAUCUGCUUGCAUUUUUUAAAAUUGUAUCUCUCAUUAAUUUAUGUUUUUUUGAAUUAGUACCUCUUUGUUUAAACUAGUCUCAUACCUGUUUAUUUCUUUAUUCUUAUUAAUAGAUUAUUGUUUUCUUCUUAUUUGUUGUAGAUAAUCAUUAAACACCGGUUGUUAUUGUUAAACAAGAAGCCAUAUUGGUCGCAAUGUUGAAAUGAUACAUAUAUGUAUAAUUUCAUCUAAUAAUUAUUUAUUUUAUUUCGUAGAUGGAGAACAAUAUUUGAAAGCUAUAAUAGGGAUUCCAAGCAAUGUUUUAAAAUGUGUCUCUUCAUUAUAACUUUGCUCAUAAAUGUGAAUUAUAUAUUUUUGCUCAUAAUUGUUUAUUGUACUUUUCUCUUAUAAUUGCUUUUGUUUUGUUUUUACUUUUUAUUGCUUUUGUUCUUUAAAUUGUAUUUUUCAUAUAUAUAAUGUUAUGUUAGAGAUUUAAAUGAACAUUUGCAAUUUUUUAAAUGAACCAUUACAAUCUUUGAUGAUUAACCGUUGCAAGUUUUGAUGUUCAACUAUUGCAAUUUUUGGUGAUCAACCAUUGUAAUAUUUGGUGGUUACCCAUUGCAAUCUUUGGUCUAAAUAUAUAUAGUAGUAGUUGUGAGUAGUGAGAUAUGCAAUAACAAAAAACAUCAAAUAAAGAUAGAACUAUAUAAAAUAAGAGAGAGAUUCACCACCCAAAGGAUCAUAUACAAUCUUUGGAGAAACACGUAUAAACCUUGAAAACUUGUUUGCAUUUGGUUGUCUUAUCCUAAAAAAAUAUUUCAUAUAACUCAAAAGAGUCAAAAUAUUUUUUAAGAAAAUUUAUUUGAUCUUCAAAUGCUAAACAAAUAAACGACGAUAAAAGUUAUAAGGUAUUUGAUGGUAAAAUUUAUGGUUUUUUUUAGAAAUGCAUGUGUUGCAAAGAUUUAUUAGAGUGAGAUGAAGAGUGGCAAAGAUACAAUGAAAAGUACCACUUAGGGAUACACCAUAUCAAUUGGUAAUCUAUCAAUCAUAUUAUUAGUUCACUGCAGAAUAAGUCUAUUUAAAGAAAAAUGUUGAGAAAAUUUAUAACAAAAUCAUGGCACAUUUUCAAAAUCGCACCAAAAUAUCCUAUUUUGUCUUACUUAAUAAUUAGAUAAUUCCUCAAUUUUUUUUUUAAAUUUACUAAUUUUAUCUUAAAUUUUAUCAAUAUAUUUUUUGUUAUCACUGUUUCAUUUUACUGUAAUUUCUUAAGAAUUAGAUACACGAUUUAUUAGUAACUCCAUAUGAAUUUUGGAACUGAAAAAAUAAAAGAAAAUAAAAACACACAACUCUUAUUAAAGACUUUUUCACCAUGCAUUUUUUGGUGUUUAGGUAUCUUGAAGUAUUAAUUAGAAAUCUGUUUUUAAUAAUCGUAAAAAUAUUUUAUUAUACUGUUUUCAACCAUUUAUCAUUUCAAGAAAUGUUUUGAAGAGUUAUAUCACUUUCUCAAAAGCUUUUCGUUUGCUACAUAUAUCUAUUCAUAGUCUAUUUUUAGAAUUUUAUAUUUUCAAUUUUAAAUAUAUAAAUUUCAGAAAUAUUUUUAAAUAUCAACUUUUAUAUAUUAUUAUUUUAUGUUCAAAUUUUUUUAUAUAUAGUUUUAAUAUAGUUUUCCUCCGCGACAUCGCAGAGGUUUCAUUCCUAGUUAAAAUAAUAUCAAAUAUUGAAAAUAACAUAAAAUUAUUGUUUUCGAGAUAAUAACAUAAAUAUAUUUUUAUCAAAAAAUGUUAGAAAGUAAAACUUAUAUUACAAUGAUUCGUUUUUAUGAGCUGGUAUGCGAGCAUUUUAAUAAUUUCAUGUAUAUAUCGACCAUAAUAUUGAAUUGCUUUAACCAAAAGAGGUAUAAGCGUUUCAAUUCCACAUAUAUAUCGUCCAUAAUAACUAUUAAAUCGUAUUUACCAAAAUUGUUUAUUUAAUUUUAAGAAAGUACGAAUCUACCAAGUUAAAUUAGUUUUUAGUCAACUUUCCUUCUAAUACAUUUUUCAAAAAUCUAAAAUGAAAUAACAUAAAAAUUAUGAUUUUUCGUCAAUGACGUAACAUAUAUAUUCAUAUUGCAAAAUAUUAUAAAGAAAAAUAUAAAUUAUAAACAAAAGGUUAAUUUUUCCGCUUUAUGUAUAUAUAAAUUAUGCAUUCCUUUAUAUUUUACAUCGAUAUACUUCCUUUUCUAUUGUAUUUUAGUUAUAGAAGAAUUUAAGAUAUUUUUUUUUUUUUUACUAUAAAUUUUGGUGGUAAUCUCAAACCUCAUUCACCUCAAAAUUAUCUCCUCUACAAAAUUUUGCAAUCAAACCAAUCUAAAAAAUGAGCCUACCAGUGUCAGCUAUGGUGUUCUCUGAAAACAAUGUAAGAGUAGCUGAAGAGCGGUACCGAAGAGGCAAUCCGAAAGGAGCCCUUGAAGUUCUUCAUGCACUAACAUUUGUUUUCCCAAACACCUCUACAAACCAUCGUAAGAUCUCGCAGGUUUACCUGGCUCAUCAAAUUCACUGGAGGUUCAUAAACGCCAGCAGUUUUACACUCCACGACGUCCUCGGACUCCCCCCGUUCUGUAGCUAUCAAACAGCCCGUAGACAGUACAUGAACAUUGUGGCUAAGCUCUGCCCCGAGAAAAACAAAUCUGUUGCUGCCAAGUUAGCUUUCAAGAUCAUCAACGCAACGUGGAUGGCAUUGUAUGGUCCUGAGGAGGGGAGUGGGGUUGGCAACAUCGAACGAGAGUUAGGGAUCAUGUUUCAAGAAGAUGAACCGCCUCAUCAAUCAGUGAGGGAGGGAAAACGUCCUUGUGUUAAUAUCAUCGACACUGACUCUGAUUCUGAUUAGUCCUAAUCUAUUAUAACUAUCAAGCUUUUCAUCUAGUUGUUGGGAUACAAAACCCCGUACUGUUUCCUUUUCUUUGGUUUUAUUUGUGGCUGUAUUAUCCUAAGUAUUAAAUCUUAAUCUAUCAAAACUAUCAAGCUUUUCAUCAAAUUAUUGGGAUAUAUAAAACUCCGUCUUGUUUU